AUGGAUACCGAGGCGGACGCUUUGCGCCAGCCCAACGACACACAAACGGGAGGGAAGAGUUGGGGGGCUCAGGACUCCCUACGGAGGAAUGCGAGACUUGAUAUGGCCGCCGACGACAGCGAAGCCACUCCAUUGCUGGGCAAUGGGGGCAGUUCUGCCGGGAGCAGCGUGCAUGAAACGGGAGGACAGGAGUGGGAGGGCGCUGCUGAUUUCGAGGGAUUGACUUGGUGGCAUACCCCCUCUAUGUGGUGGUUACUCCCCCCUUUCUUCAUGUUCUCCCUCGCGGUCGGCGGUCUCAUGGUCCCGAAACUUAAUCUCAUCCUCGCACUCGUAUGCCGGAGAUAUCUGCAGGAGAGGGGUGUUACGGAUCCCAAUUUCAUCUUUGCGCCGGUGCUGCUCGACUCCGAUAAUCCACAAUGCCGAAUCCCUGAGGUACAAGCGUUGGUCACCAAGUUCAAUCUCUACCUGAUGGUCAUAGCUGGGAUGUUGAGUGCAGUCAUGGCCCCAAAGCUAGGCGCCUUGUCUGAUCGGUAUGGCCGCAAGAAGCUCCUCGCCGUGACCGGUGUUGGUCUUUUUGUCACAGAGGUGGCUACGAUUUUGGCAUACAAAUUCCCAGACACCGUCCAUUAUAACUGGCUUCUCGCAGGCGCAGUCGUCGACGGUUUAUGCGGCUCAUUUACAGCUGGCAUGGCAAUCACACAUGCCUAUGCCUCCGAUUGUACCCCUCCGCCAAAGAGAGCAGUCGCAUUUGGAUACUUCCAUGCCUGUCUCUUCUCCGGUAUAGCAUUGGGACCUUUGAUGGCGGCUUUCCUGGUCAAAGUAACCGGAUCACUGAUAACCAUCUUCUACGUUGCACUUGCAAUCUCCUCAUCCUAUUUCGUAUUCGUCUUGUUCUUUAUCCCGGAAUCACUUGCCAUGAAACGCCAACUAGCGGCUCGCGAGAAAUUCGCAGCUGAUGGCGACAACGUUAUUUGGGAUGGUUAUACAUGGUUAUGGGCUCUCAGAAAGAGUAACUUUCUCGGACCCCUCAAGAUCCUUUGGCCAACGGGAUCCGGUUCAUCUGGCCACCUCCGUGUCAACCUCGUCCUCCUAGCCGCCGUCGACACGACGGUAUUCGGCGUGGCGAUGGGCGCCGCGACAGUAGUCGUCUACUAUACUGGUUACCGGUUCGGAUGGGAGACUUCGGGGACCAGCGCAUUCAUAUCGAUAGUAAACGCCUGUCGGGUUUCCGGCCUCGUAAUUAUCCUCCCAUUGCUAAACUACAUCUUUCGCACCCGACGUGCUAACAGACAGCGUCGAGAAUCGGGUUUUGCGGUGCCAGAGAGUAAUUCUGGCUCGGAUAUCAUCGAUCUAAACAUCAUACGUGCGUCCAUUCUCUUGGAGAUGAUUGGAUACGCCGGUUACGCUCUUGCUGGGACUGGCCCGCUGUUCGUGGUAUCUGGUAUCAUCGCUGCGUUUGGAGGCAUCGCGAGUCCGACUCUGCAGAGCGCGUUGACGAAGCAUGUGCCCCAGGAUAGAGUGGGCCAGUUAUUGGGUGCCACGGGUCUUUUACAUGCCCUGGCGAGGAUCAUCUGUCCUACGAUCUUCAACCUGAUCUAUGCGAGCACGGUGGGGACAUUGCCGCAGACUGUCUUCGUGGCGUUGGCUUCAUCGUUUCUUAUUGCGUUUCUGGCGAGUUGGUUCAUCAGACCGAACAUCUACCUCGAGGAAACCAAGGGGACAGCAAUCGACCCCAACCUCCCCUCAGCGGACCCUGCGAGAGACGUUCUAGUCGAUGAAGAAAUCGGUGGAUAUUGA